UGUCACUGCCUACGUCGAAAAACCAGUGACGACCAACCAUAUAUAUAUAAUUAGCUACCCCAAUUAAGCUUACCUUAAAACCCAUAAAACCAGGAGCAAAACCAUGGCGAAGAGGAUUGCAGUUGUUACGGGGGCCAACAAAGGGAUAGGAUUUGAAAUAUGUAAGCAGCUUGCUUCAAAUGGGGUCAAGGUUAUAUUAACUGCUAGAGAUGAGAAGAGGGGCAAUGAAGCUGUUGAAAUAAUCAAAUCUGCUGGAUACUCCGAUGUGAUUUUUCAUCAACUUGAUGUUGGGGACAUGGCUAGCGUUUCUUCUUUUGCAAAUUUCAUCAAAACCCAGUUUGGGAAGCUUGACAUCUUGAUAAACAAUGCAGGGAUUGGUGGUGUCAUAAUGAACGCAGAAGAUCGAGAGGGCAUAAAACAAGGGUUUGAUAAAGUUAUAGGUGGAAAUCCUGGAUCCUUGGAGACAGUUUUUAAGCAAACUUCAGAAACUGCAUCGGAUUGUAUAAGAAUAAAUUAUUAUGGGUCGAAGCACAUGAGCAAAGAAUUAGUUCCACUUCUUCAAUUAUCCAAUUCAGGAAGAAUAAUAAAUGUCUCCUCCUCCUUAGGAAAGCUAAAGUAUAUCCCAAAUGAGAAUGCAAGGAAGAAGCUAGGAGAUGUAGAUGGCCUCACAGAAGAGAAAGUGGACAUGUUGGUGGAAGGGUUCUUAGAAGAUGUGAAGGAGAAUUUGAUACAAGUCAAAGGCUGGCCUACAAAUUUGUCUGCUUAUAUUGUCUCCAAGGCAGCUUUGAAUGCUUAUGUAAGGAUUCUUGCUAAGAAGUAUCCCAACAUUGCCAUUAACUCAAUUUGUCCCGGCUAUGUCAAGACGGAUAUUACUCACAAUACUGGGGUCUUGACUGUUGAAGAAGGAGCAAAAGGUCCUGUCAAGCUGGCUUUGAUGCCUGACGGUGGACCUUCCGGCCUAUUCUUUGAUCAUAAGACAGAAGUCCAAACGUUUUCUCUAAAGGAUGAGAAUCGAUUGUGUAGCAUCUACAUCGAGAAUUCAAGUAUUGUAUACGUCAUUAGUCCGAUCCUUUGUAGGAACUACCCGAUUGCAGUUGUUACGGGGGCCAACAAAGGGAUAGGAUUUGAAAUAUGUAAGCAGCUUGCUUCAAAUGGGGUCAAGGUCAUAUUAACUGCUAGAGAUGUGAAGAGGGGCAAUGAAGCUGUUCAAACACUCAAAUCUGCUGGAUACUCCGAUGUGAUUUUUCAUCAACUUGAUGUUGGGAACAAGCCUAGCAUUUCUUCUUUUGCAAAUUUCAUCAAAACCCAGUUCGGAAAGCUUGACAUAUUGGUGCGUAUUUCAAAUGAGAAUGCAAGAAAGGAGCUAGAAAAUGCAGAUGGCCUCACAGAAGAGAAAGUGAACAAGGUGGUGGAAGGGUUCUUAGAAGAUGCCAAGGAAAAUUUGAUACAAGUCAAAGGCUGGCUUACAAAUUAUUCUGCUUAUAUUGUCUCCAAGGCAGCUCUGAAUGCUUACACGAGAGUUUUGGCUAAGAAGUAUCCCAACAUUGCCAUUAAUGCAGUUAGUCCUGGCUUUGUCAAGACGGAUUUCAAUGGAAACACUGGGGUCUUGACUGUUGAAGGAGCAAAAGGUCCUAUAAUGCUAGCUUUGAUGAUUGCAGUUGUUACGGGGGCCAACAAAGGGAUAGGAUUUGAAAUAUGUAAGCAGCUUGCUUCAAAUGGGGUCAAGGUUAUAUUAACUGCUAGAGAUGAGAAGAGGGGCAAUGAAGCUGUUGAAAAACUCAAAUCUGCUGGAUACUCCGAUGUGAUUUUUCAUCAACUUGAUGUGUUGGACAAGGCUAGCAUUUCUUCUUUUGCAAAUUUCAUCAAAUCCCAGUUUGGGAAGCUUGACAUAUUGAUAAAUAAUGCAGCGAUUCUUGGAACCAUAAACAACCCAGAAGAUCAAGAGGGCUUAAAACAAGGGUAUGAUAAAAUUAUAGGUGCAAAUCCGGGAUCCUUGGAGACAAUUUUUAAGCAAACUUAUGAAACAGCAGUCUGGGAUUGUCUGAGAACAAAUUAUUAUGGGAUCAAGCAACGACUGAUCAAAGAACUAAUUCCACCUCUUGAACUAUCCAAUUCAGCAAGAAUAAUAAAUGUCUCCUCCUCCUUGGGACAACUAAAGCGUAUUUCAAAUGAGAAUACAAGAAAGGUGCUAGAAGAUGAUGUAGAAGACCUCGCAGAAGAGAAAGUGGAUAAGGUGGUGGAAAGGUUCUUAGAAGAUGCCAAGGAGAAUUUGAUAGAAGUAAAAGGCUGGCCUGCAAAUUAUUCUGAUUAUAGUGUCUCUAAAGUAGCUCUGAAUGCUUACACAGGGGUUCUAGCUAAGCAGUAUCCCAACAUUGCCAUUAAUGCAGUUAGUCCUGGCUUUGUCAAGACGGAUUUGAAUGGAAACACCGGGGUUUUGACUGUUGAAGAAGGAGAAAAAGGUCAUGUCAUGCUGGCUUUGAUGUCUGAAGGUGGACCUUUUGUCUUAUUCUUUUAUAGGACGGAACGUGGUUGGGAUGAAGUGUUUGUUAAUGAAGAGUUUCAAUAUGAAAAAGAAGUUCAAAAUCCUUUUCAAUGUUUUGUAGAUUGGAAUUCUCCACCAACUUAUGAUACAUAUGUCAAUGAUGAAGAUCUUAUAGAGCAAGGGAUACAACAACAGGAUAUGGUGGCAUUGUCUGUGGCUGUCAAAAUGUUGUCUGGGCAGUGGGUUGAUGGUGGAUGCCAGAAGGUGCACGAGCGGCACAUGCCGUGCAAUGGAAAGUUGUUGUGUGGUGGUCAGUUUGGUUUUGGGUGGCAGCGGCGUGGUGCUUACCUUAAAACCCAUAAAACCAAGAGCAAAACCAUGACGAAGAGGAUUGCAGUUGUUACGGGGGCCAACAAAGGGAUAGGAUUUGAAAUAUGUAAGCAGCUUGCUUCAAAUGGGGUCAAAGUUAUAUUAACUGCUAGAGAUGAGAAGAGGGGCAAUGAAGCUGUUGAAAAACUCAAAUCUGCUGGAUACUCCGAUGUGAUUUUUCAUCAACUUGAUGUGGUGGACAAGGCUAGCAUUUCUUCUUUUGCAAAUUUCAUCAAAACCCAGUUUGGGAAGCUUGACAUAUUGAUAAAUAAUGCAGCGAUUCUUGGAACCAUAAACAACCCAGAAGAUCAAGAGGGCUUAAAACAAGGGUAUGAUAAACUUAUAGGUGCAAAUCCGGGAUCCCUGGAGACAAUUUUUAAGCAAACUUACGAAACAGUAGUCUGGGAUUGUCUGAGAACAAAUUAUUAUGGGAUCAAGCAACUAAUCAAAGAACUAAUUCCACCUCUUGAACUUUCCAAUUCAGCAAGAAUAAUAAAUGUCUCCUCCGCCUUGGGACAACUAAAGCAUAUUUCAAAUGAGAAUACAAGAAAGGAGCUAGAAGAUGAUGUAGGUGACCUCACAGAAGAGAAAGUGGAUAAGGUGGUGGAAAGGUUUUUAGAAGAUGCCAAGGAGAAUUUGAUAGAAGUCAAUGGCUGGCCUGCAAAUUAUUCUGAUUAUAGUGUCUCUAAAGUAGCUCUGAAUGCUUACACAAGGGUUCUUGCUAAGAAGUAUCCCAACAUUGCCAUUAACGCAGUUAGUCCUAGCUUUACCAAGACGGAUUUAAAUGGAAACACCGGGGUUUUGACUGUUGAAGAAGGAGCAAAAGGUCCUGUCAUGGUGGCUUUGAUGUCUGAAGGUGGACCUUCUGGCUUAUUCUUUUAUAGGACGGAAGUCUCAACCUUUUAAUUGAUAAUUGUUGAAAUACGAUGUAGUUGCUCAUUUUCAUGUCAUAGUUUCUAGUAAUAUAUGUUUUCGGUUGUUGCAGUUGUUUUGCUUUUUAA